AAAAAAACAAUUCUUAUCUAAACUAUAUAACGUUAGAUAAACACAGUGCAUAUAUGAUGAUAAUUUGUAGGUGAUUGGAAAAUCAGCUCAGUUAGUUAAAUGGGAGUAUUAAGCACCUGUCGACAUUCAUAUAAAGUAGUAAUUCAUUUAGAUGAUCAAUUAAGACAUACAUAUACAUGUAUAUAAAUAGACACGUAUAUAUAUGUACCCAUACAAACAAACAAACUAUAUGAUAUUUUAUGAAGUUAAAAUAACACUACUUUACAUUCAUCAUCUUUUAGUAAAAAUUGAAGGAGACGAAUAAUAAGUCUACUAAUAAAAAUAGAGAAACAAAAUAUUGAAACCCUAAAUUUUGACUCAAUCACUUAUAGACAUAAAAAAAAAAUGAUGGUGAUAGAAUAAUAAUAAUAAUACGCUAAAUUAAAUGAAAAAAAAAAAGUAUAGAAUACAUGUUUGGAUUGGUUCCCAAUAUUAUUUGUUUUUAGUAAGUCCUAAUUCUAUUGCGCCCACGAUUAGUAUGUCUAUAAAUAUAUGGUAGAAUUAAGGAUACAAAAAACAUUAAUUCAUUUCAAAUCAUUUUGAGAAUGGUCUUUCGAAUUGAAGUAAAUCUUGGUAAUGGAUUCCUUCUAUUUAAAACAAUGAAACGGAAAUUUAAUCAUAUACAAUCAGUGAAUAAAUUUAAUAUAAAUAAAAUAAAACAUAUAAAAUAUUGUCAAAAAUAUUGUACAUAUUGUAGUCCUGAACGAUAUACCAUAUUAAUACAUAAUGAACAUUUAAAUCAAAUUCAUUAUACAAUGUGUCCAUAUGAUGAAUUAUUAAUUAUGGCUAAAUCAAUUUGUACAAAUUUAAUGCAAGAUAAUAAUAAUAAUAAUCAUAAUAAUAAUCAGAACGAUAACAAUAAUAAUAGUAUAACAAUUUUAGUCUUAUCGAUAACUUGCGGUAAACUUUCCAAUUUUACAAGAUACAAUCCUGUUCUUAUUAAUCGAAACAUCAACACUAGUACCAACAACAACAAGAACAAUACUCCUCCUCCUACUAAUAUAAGUAGUACAAGUCAUGCAAAAUCAUCGAAUCCCCUUAACACAACAAUCUCUAUAAAUAUCCAAACUAUUAGUAAGACGAUUCAACGAGCUAAACUGGAAAAAGUUGAUUAUAAGCAAUCUAGAACUAAAUCUAAAUGGGGAAUUAUUAAUUUAUCCGCGUGUAAUAAUAUACAUUCCGAUAUUUCAAUUGAUCUAAAUACUUCAGUGAAUAGUAUGAACGAUGGAAAAAAGAAUAUUUGUUACACUUAUGAUAAUCAUUAUCAUUAUUAUUGUUGUUAUUAUUACUAUUACUAUUAUUGUUAUCAUUAUCACUAUUAUUCAUAUCAAAAAUCACCUUUGUUUACAACGUUAUGGUCUGAGCAUAUCUUGAAUAGUGGGAGUAAAGAUAUCCAGCUGGGUUUAAAAACACCCAAUAUUAAUUGUGACGCUUAUACUCAAAAAUUUAAUAUCACUCAAAACUCCAAUGAAAAGCACACUGGUAAUAUGGAGAAAAUAUUAAUAGAAAACGAAACAGAUAAUGAAGUAAUGCGAUAUAUGUCUAAGUUUGAUUUGAUCAAAAACUGUGCUCAAAUAAGAUCCGAAAACCACAAACCAAACAGAUUGAAAGAUCUACAGUUAUCAGUUAAUUUACGUCCGCCAGAACCUGUUGGUUGUCAACUACUGCAAAUGAAUUCAGCACCAGUUACGAAAGGAUUGUGAACACUGAAUACAUGAAGCUAUGGUGAAACCUGAUUUUAUAUAUACGAAAAAAAUACAAAGGAGUUAGACCAUAAAAGAAUUUCAUCAAUGGGAAGGAAAAAUAUUCUCCGACUUCUUGUCAGUAAAGAUGUAUAGUUCAAUUAUUAUGUAUUGUAUCAUAAGAAAAUCAGAUGCAAAAACUAAUUUAUCUUCAUUUUUGUUAAACUUCUUUUACACCGUUUCACUGACCGAAUGUCAAACAACCCUUUUAUAUCUGCAUUGUGUAUUUAUCGCCAAUUGGUCCAUUAUAACAGAUACACACCUCCCUAAAUCAGUAGUGAUCACUGUGUUUAGUCAUUACACUAAUUGUUCUUAAACCAUGUCAGUACAGAUCAGUUCUGAACUAUCAUUUUAAAUUUGACGAGUGUAAAAUGUGUAGCACUGAAUGUAGUUGAGAUGGUGGAGAAGAUUUGUAGCUCAGGUGGAUGAUUGAUUUGUCUUCCUUUGUUAUUUCAUUCUUUGGUUUGCAUAGGAUUGAUUGUAGCGACUUUGUCGGCCUGUGUGCCACACCUAUCCCGAAGGUUUUCAGCAGUCUCGUUGAGGUUUCUGGUAUGCCUUCUAUGUGUGGUAGGGCGAUCCUUUUGUUGAUUUCUGUGCUUGACUUAGGUUCUGACGCUGCGUGCGGUUGGUAUUUUUUGACGAAGUUGAUUGGGUAGCCGUUCUUUUGAAAUACGUCGUUCAGGUACUCCUCUUCAUAUUUUCGUGCUGCCAGUGUGUCCUCGCUCACAAAAUCAACCGCGUACACACUUUGUUCAAAAGGGCGAGGACACACUGAAACGCACUGGAAGGCAUAUCAGAAACCGCAACGAGACUGCUGAAAACCUUCGGGAUAGGUGUGGCACACAGGCCGACAAAGUCGCUACAAUCAAUCCUAUGCAAACCA